CGGAGCUGGCCGGGAUGAGCGGCGGAGGGACGGAGACCCCCGUGGUUUGUGAGGCCGCCUCGGGCGGCGGCGGCGGCGGCGGCGGCGGCAAGAAGAAGGACUCGCUGGGGACCGUGGGCUCGCCAGCCCACCUCAUUAUCAAGGAUCUUGGAGAAAUUCAUUCAAGGCUGUUAGAUCACAGACCAGUUAUCCAAGGUGAAACCCGUUAUUUUGUGAAAGAAUUUGAAGAAAAACGUGGUCUUCGAGAAAUGCGAGUUCUUGAAAAUUUGAAGAAUAUGAUCCAUGAAACAAAUGAACAUACUCUUCCCACGUGUAGGGAAACAAUGCAAGACAACUUAAACCAAGUUCUCCAGAGAUUGCAAGCAGCUACAGACUCGGUCUGUAGGCUCCAACAGAGGGAACGGGAGCGAAACAAGAUGCAUAAUGACCAUUUAAUAGCUAGUGAGAAACAGCAUAUAAUGCAGUGGGAGGAUUUCAUGAAAGAACAGCACAGCAAACAGGCUGAAGUGGACGAAGAGCACAGAACAGCCAUGGAGAGGCUGAAAGAACAAUACGCCGAGAUGGAGAGGGGCCUGGCAAAAUACCCAGCCUUUGGAGAACUUGAGCCGUAACAGUGACAGACUGAUGAGAAAAUACUGCCUUCCCCUCAGAAACCGCUCAGCCUCUGCCUCAAGUUGAGCAGCGUAUUCAGUGUCACUCUUCUGCAGAAGAAAGAAACUGCUACCGGAGUCUUAGCUGUUUCCUAGAAGAAGAAUGCCACAUCUUCCCAGUUUUAAUUUCCUGUAUCUGCCUGUAUCUCUAAAUGGGGAGAAGUAGGAGGAAAAUGGUAUAAACAUGCUCUUUGUUAAUGAGGAUUGGUCUUAGUUUCCAUUGAUUAUCUCGGAGAACUGUAAAUACAGACUUCUUAGAAAAGUAAUUUAAUUCGUUCUUAUGCAGGGCUAAUGUUACUUCAUUAUUGUGGCUCCGAAGGCCGAUAUGGUGGCUGCCUGUCAGAGCCUCCCUGGCUCUUGGAAGAGUGUGUACAGUGUUAUUCCAUGAGUAAUGUACUGAGAAACAACUGUCCUGGGAGCAGAGACCACAUUGAAGAGAGUCAAAACUUUGUCUCUGCUCUUCAAAGAGAGCCGCUUUGGUUUCUGAAUUGGCCUCUGUUGGGAGAAGUUGCAGAUUUUAAAUGGCAGCGUAAUGCCGUGUUUCACUGGAUGACAAGACAUGCUUGUUAAGUUUGUGGCCUUCCAGCACUUCAUAUUUUCAGCUUUUAAAAUGUGCUCACAAGGAAAAGCUUACCAAAAAUAGAGUUGACUUUUAACCUUUCCAAGAACCAUAAUCUUGCCCAUAGAUUUACCUCAUUUUUACGUGUGUUUUGCUGUGGGUAAGCUUUGUAAGAUAAAUCAUGUCUAUACAUGUUUCAGCUGUUUAAUGAGUAAUCAGCAAAAUCUGCCAAGGCGUCCCUCUGGAACCAUAUAAAGAUUCUGGCUCUGAGUAAACCAGAAGUAUUUGCCCACAUGGCAAAUGAUCCAUGUUAAAUGUAAAUCCUUUUUAGUGUUUAAUGUCUGUUCUCAUAAGCAGGUGUAUUAAGAUGAAACAUGUACCAGUUCUGUCAUCACUGUGAUCUUUAAAAAUCUGCAUUUACCGAUCUAAUUGAGGAACUAAGUUGAUUUUUUAUUUGCCAUAAACCAAGCAGAAUUAAAUGCAAUAAUUUCAAGAGAUUUAUGGCAAAUGAAUUUGAGGUAUGGAUAAAUCUUUCAGGUCUUUUUUUUUUUUUUUUUAUUGCUCUUCAGUAAAGAAAGGCACAAGAAAGAAAAUACUCAACUCUUGUGUUAUCUCAGUGUUGCUACUGCAGAAAAGUGACAGUGCUUGCUUGUGUAAAGUUAUGGCUUGCUGUCAAAGCUUCAUUCUUGGCUGCAUGUUGAAAAUGUGAUUAAAGUUAAUAGAGGAGAAAAAA